AUGACAAAAGGAAAGGUAGACAUGAUGAGUCAAGUGAAGGAGCCAAAUGAAGAUAACGCUGCCUCAUCAUCAACAGAACCAAGCAUUUCAAUUACAAUCACUGAAGCCGAAGAAAGAGUGGUUGAUGCAGUUCAGGGAACUCCACUGGUUUAUGUUGAUGAUAUCAUUUUUGGAGCAACAACUGACUCUCUGUGUGAAGAAUUCGCAAAACUUAUGGGAAGCAAAUUUGAAAUGAGCAUGAUGGGGGAAUUAAACUUCUUCCUGGGCCUUCAAGUAAAACAGUCCCCAAAGGAUACUUCCAUUUGUCUACAAAAAUACAUCAAGAAACUCUUAAACAGGUUUGACAUAGAAGUAUCAAAAGUGAUAGACACUCCCACUGCAACUGCCACUCGACUGGACAUGGAUGAAACUAGAUCUCCUGUGAAUCAAACAAUGUAUAGAGGCAUCAUUGGGUCUCUCCUCUAUCUCACUGCCAGUCGACCUGAUAUUGUCUUUAGCGUAGGGCUAUACUAUGCAGGCUAUUUUGUGGACAGAAAAAGCACUUCUGGGAUGGCUCACUUCUUAAGAUCAUGUCUUAUCUCUUGGGGGACAAGGAAACAAAAUUCAGUGGCUCUUUCAACAGCUGAAGCUGAAUAUGUAGCUGCAGCAUCCUACUGUGCUUAG